GUUUUAGAUCUCAAAAUUUUUUUUUCCAACAGUUGGUUGUUUUUUAAUUAAUUUUGGGACCUUGCCUUCUUCAAGCUUCCACACUUUUAUUUUGCCUUGUUCCCCUGCUUUUAUCUUCUUUAGCUUACUGCCGCCAUGACUAAAGAUAGUGAUAGUCCCCCACCACCUCCCUCUAACGAAUUUCAUCCCGCCCUUGCUGUGAACAACAUCAAGAACGCCAUCCCUCUCCUUCUUGAUCGAGAGAAAGUGCAAUACUCAAAUUGGGUUGAACUUUUCGAGUGUCAUGCUCAUGCUUUCCAUGUCUUGGGUCACAUUGAUCCUAAAUCACCAAGGCCUACGGACAUCUCCGAUGCAUUAUGGAAGCGACUUGACUCGGUGGUAAAGAAUUGGAUUUAUGGCACGAUCUCCUCGGAUCUGCUCGAAACUAUCCUAUGAAGGGGUGCUACGGCUCAAGACAUUUGGGAUAAACUCAAAGCUCUGUUUCAAGAUAACAAGAAUACCCGUGCCGUAUAUCUUGAAAACCAAUUCAACGCCUUGCAUCUCUCCAAUUUUCCAGACAUCUCAUCCUAUUGUCGUCAAUUGAAGACCCUCAAGGAUCAACUCGCUAAUGUCGAUCAACCCGUCUCUGAACAGAAACUGGUUAUACGACUUGUCUCCGGACUCGUUAAUACCGACUUUGACACCGUCGCUGCUAUGAUUCAGCAAACCGAGCCUCUCCCUUCCUUUGAAACAGCCCGGUCUCGCUUAUUGCUUGAGAAAACUCGCAGGUCACAUGAUUCUUCGAGUUCGGCACAAUCUUUUGUUGCUCAAGGGGACACCGCAUCCCCUACUUCCACUCAGCAGCAGUUGCCACCACAGGGGCGUGGCGCCGGCACCGGCCGCGGAAACACCACCGGCAGAGGUGGCAAAGGAGGAAAGGGGCGUGGCCGGGGACGUGGGCAAUCCCCUGCCAAGCCCAGCUCGCAGCAGCAACAAACCCCACAAGGGUCCGUUCAAGGCCAACAACAGUGGCCUGGUCAGCCACAAUGGGCCGGCCCAACUGGGCAGCAGCCAUCCUAUGGCUACUAUUGGGCUCCUGUUCCUUCACAAAAUUGGGUAAGGCCCCCUUACCCUUUUCCACAACCCCAACCCCGAGGACAACAAGCACCUCCGGCCCAGCAGCACGCAUACUUGACAGCCCAACCCGGUUACGGACAGCUCAUGACCCCAACUGAGCUCGGGAAUGCCUUUUCCACCAUGACCUUGGUGAAUCCGGAUGAUGGAUGGUACAUGGACUGGGGUGCAUCGUCUCACAUGACAUAUAAUUCCGGAUCUACGCACGGGGAAAAUAAUCACGAGGUGUAAUAGCUUUGGGGACUUAUAUCCUUUCACCACCAACACAUCAUCAAUAUCAUGCCCAGCCACUUCUCUCACUGUCGUGUCUCCUCACACUUGGCACGACCGCUUAGGACACCUUGAAGCACCUUCUUUGAGUUUUCUUAGGAAUAAUAAUUUCAUUGAUUGUAAUAAGGAGCAAGACUCCACUUUUUGCAAUUCUUGUCAAAUUGAGAUUUAAGUAUUUUUCUACAUUGGUAAAAACAAAUAAAACUAGUUCAAACCCCGUGCCCUGCACGUUUUUUACAGUAUUAUUCUGUUAUUCGUUUAUUAAAAAUGUUACAUACAAAACAUAAUCAUUGGAAGUAAAAAAAAAACCUUUAAAAAAGACAUAUUCAUGUAUGUGAUAUACCAUAAGAUGUAUCUAAA